AUGGCGUCGUCCUCGAAGACGGCCGCGAGCUGCACGCCCAGACCCCCAUCCUCGCCACCGCUGACGCCGGACGAGUACGCGCAGUACAAGGUCAUCGCGUGCCACACCAACCUCAUCACCGGCGUCGACAUCUUCAUAUCCAUUGGCGGCCUGCUGAAAAUGCUGCGGCGCUCGGGUGGCCUGUGGAACACGGUCGAGCUGCCGGAUCCGGAUCCGGACUCGAACGGGGAUAGGACGGCUGGGAAGAAAGAAUACCGGGUGUUGUAUCCGUGGACGGUGGUGGACGAGGGGACGAUGCAGCGGCUCGUGACAGAGAUAGAGGAGUGGAUCAGAGAUGAGUUGAAGGGAGAUUGCGCCGAGGGGCUGCAGAUGGCGACGGGUGGGUCGUUGCACGGGUGGGAGUUCUUGCCGCUGCUGGGUGACUUCGUGGUCGACUCGAUGGCGGAAAGGUUGGGUGAAGACCUUAUGAGGAAGUGGUCCUGGGAAAACAAGAUCGGCGCUGAGAUGGGAAAAUUCGGGUUCGUGAGAAAGGGGCAGCAGAGGGAACUCAGGGACGUGGUUCCUCAGAAUAGGGAUUUGCGGCUUUAG